AUGCAGCAGGAGUCAUGGAAGAAGGAGGACCCCGCGAAGACGCUGCAGCCCUGGGCUCUGGCUCUCCCGCUUCUGCUCUUCUGGGUGGCAGGUGGAGUAGGGAAAGCAGCCAGUCCAAGGGAUCACGCGUUGUCGGCAUUGUCGCUCCAGCCUGGUGUCUGUCGCUAUGGAACCAUACUGGCCUGCUGCUAUGGCUGGAGAAGGAGCAGCAAGGGAGUCUGUGAAGCUCUGUGUGAACCUGGAUGCAAGUUCGGUGAGUGUGUGGGACCAAACAAAUGUAGAUGCUUUCCAGGAUACACCGGGAAAACCUGCAGCCAAGAUGUGAAUGAGUGUGGAUUCAAACCCCGGCCGUGCCAACACAGAUGCGUGAAUACACACGGUAGCUACAAGUGCUUUUGCCUCAGCAGCCACAUGCUCCUGCCGAACGCCACAUGUCCCAACUCUUGGACGUGUGCCAUGACCAACUGCCAGUACGGCUGUAAAGACACGGAAGAGGGGCCACGCUGUCUGUGUCCAUCUCCGGGCCUCCGCUUGGCCCACAAUGGAAGAGCUUGUCUAGACAUCGAUGAAUGUGUCUCUGAUAAAGCCUUCUGUCCCUACAAUCGAAGAUGUGUGAACACAUUUGGAAGCUACUAUUGCAAAGGUCAUGUUGGUUUCGAACUGAAAUAUAUCAGUGGCCUGUACGAUUGUGUAGAUAUAAAUGAAUGUGCUGCGACUACCCACACGUGCAGCCUCCAUGCCAAUUGCCUCAAUACCCAAGGAUCCUUCAAGUGCAAGUGCAAGCAGGGGUAUAAAGGCAGCGGACUGCAGUGCGCCCUUAUCCCCGAAAAUUCUGUGAAAGAAUUCCUCAGAGCACCUGGUACCAUCAAGGACAGAAUUAAGAAGUUGCUUGCUCACAAGAAUAGCAUGAGAAAGAAGGUAAAAAUGAAAAACAUCACAGAACCCAGAGGGACGCCCACCCCAAAGGUUGACUCCGAGCCCUUCAGCUCUGAAGAGAGCAUUUCCAGAGAUGGGAACCCUCACAGAGAAAAGAAGAGGAAUGGAAACGGAAAGAAAGAAAGGCUGGAGGAUGAGAACAGAGAUGAGAACCAUGUGGUGCAGGAGCAAAGCCUUCGUGGAGAUGUAUUUUCCUCUAAGGUGAAUGAAGUGAGUGAAGUUGAUCUGGUUCUGGUCCAAAGAAAAACUACAUCAUUCCAUCUGAAACACAAAGCACAUUUAAAUAUCUCAGUUGACUGCACCUUUGACCAUGGCGUCUGUGACUGGAAACAGGAUAUAGAAGAUGAUUUCGACUGGAAUCCUGCAGACAGAGAUAAUGUUCACGGCUGGCUGCAGAUUGCCGGCUACAGACCAGGACCAGAAUUUGGGAGCUGCGGGGAGUGGAGUCUGAGGGAUGAUUGGUUGAGCUUCCGUGGCCCCGCCCUGGGACCGGAAGCCCGCCCAGGCACCGAGGACACCGAGGACACCGAGGACUUCCGGGUUUUCCCCGUGCUUCUCGACCAGUGUCUUAUUAACCCCAUUGCUGACAUCCAGCCCAGUUGA